AUGGCAUCAGAGUCGUUCAAAUUCGCAUCCAAUGAAGUGCGAGAUAAGACACCAAAAAAUGGAGGAGAGUACGAUUUUAUCAUUGUUGGGGCUGGCAGUGCUGGUGCCACCAUAGCUUCGAGACUAAGUGAAAUUCCAGAAUUAAAAGUUCUACUGAUAGAAGCAGGUGGACAUGAAAAAUUAAUCAUGGACGUGCCGCUACUAGCAUUGUACUUACAGCUCGACAAAAAUGUCAAUUGGGAUUACAAAACUGAGCCUUCAAACGAUUACUGCCUCGGAAUAAAAAAUCGACAAUGUAAGGUAGCAAUGGGAAGAGUACUGGGAGGAACAAGUUCAAUAAAUUUAAUGUUAGCAGUUCGAGGUAACAAACAAGAUUACAACGAUUGGGCUGAAUUGACGGGUGACAAUAGCUGGUCUUACGAAGGAAUGCUGCCAUAUUUUAAAAAAAUGGAGAAUUUUAACAACGACUGGAUCGAAUACAAUGGCACCUAUCAUGGUUCGGGUGGUCCAGUUCAUAUAACGCAUCCAAACUACCGUAGCGCAUUAGCUGAAGCUUUUAUCGAGGCUGGCAAGGAAAUGGGUUUUUCUUCAGGUGACUACAACGGACCAACGCAAACAGGAUUUCAUUUCAUGCAAACUAAUCAAAUAAAUGGGGAAAGGAUGAGCAGCAAUCGAGCCUACUUACAUCCAGCUAAAAAUAGAAAAAACUUGAUAGUUAGCAUAAACAGUCACGUGAACAAAGUCUUGAUUGACCCUCAGACGAAAACAGCCUAUGGUGUGGAAUUCACUAAACAUGGAAGAAAGAUCAAAGUUACGGCGAAGAAAGAAGUUAUUCUGUCAGCUGGUGCCAUAGCUUCUCCAAAGUUACUUAUGCUUUCUGGGAUUGGGCCUAAGGAACACUUGGAAAAAUUUGGUAUUAAUGUCUUGCAAGACUUACCAGUUGGUCGAAAUUUGAUGGAUCAUGUAGCCUACAGUGGACUAUUCUUUACGAUCAAUAAAACAAUUGCCAUUGUUAUAUCUGACGUUUUGAAACCAACAAACCCAGCAAUACCUAAUUAUUUAAACAAAAGGACAGGGCCCUUGGCAAGCUUAGGUACUGCAGAAGGUAUAAGUUUUUUUAACGUUGACGACCUGAAGGAUCGAUCUGAUAGUCCCAACAUUGAGUUUAUGUUUGCUUCUGGGACUUUAGUUUCUGAUCCGUUCGUUCAUAAUAUUCUGGGAAUAACUGGAAAAUAUUGGACUAAUUAUUUUGCUGACAAACUUGGCCGUCAUGCGUGGCUGAUAUGGCCAAUACUGUUGAAGCCAAAAAGCCGUGGAAAAAUAUUACUGCGAAGUACGAAUCCAAAAGAUAAACCAAGAAUCAUACCUAAUUACUUCUCUGAUCCAGAUGACGUUCGCGUUUUGAUAAAAGGAAUUCGAGCGACUAUUCAAUUAAGUAAGACAAAAGCUAUGCAACAGUAUGGUUCACAGUUAAAUGAUCGAGUUGUACCUGGGUGCGAGAAAUAUGAACCUGAUUCAGAUGCUUACUGGGAAUGCGCUUUGAGGACAUAUACCUUUACCAUAUGGCAUCACUCAGGUACUUGUAAAAUGGGACGUGAUGAUGAUGAAUCAUCUGUCGUUAAUUCAAGAUUGAAAGUUAAAGGCAUUACCAACUUAAGAGUAGCCGAUACCUCUGUGAUGCCUAAUAUUGUUAGAGGUCAUACUAGUAUUCCGACAAUAGCGAUCAGUGAAAAGAUUUCUGAUAUAUUGAUAUCGGAAUAUGCUCAUCAAAUUGAUUCAAAUUAA